CAAAUAUAUAGAACAAAAUUAGGUAUACUCCAUUAGAGGAAGCUCUCGAAAUGUUUGCAGUCGAAUGUCAACGACGACGACAGGACGUCGCCAUGGUGGCGGUGGUCGGUCAAGACGUAAGACACAAGUAUAAAGGGGAGAGAAAAACGGCAAACUAACGAUAAAUCAGGGCUAUGGCAUUCCUAAGAUAGUGCUCUACCUGAAAGUCAUUACAGUAGCAAAGUAAUUCCCAACUAAAAAGCGUAUUCAAUGGCAACGAUCAUGAAGAUUUGAAAAUAUCCGACGAGGAUGAUGUGAAAAUAAUAGAAACUAAUCGAGUUUGGAAAAUAUGCGAAGAUAUAAAGAUCAAGACAGAGAUAUUGGACGAGAUCGAAGAUUUCUCAGCAAACGACGAACUAGUCGUAGUUGAAGACGAGAAUCCUUUUGAGAAACGCAUAAUCGGUCUUACGACCAGAAAAGAUCUCGUAUGUACCAUUUGCAGAAUCAAUUUUCCAAAUGAAGAUGAAUUCAGAAGUCACAUGAUCCUACACAGUCGCUGUGAACUUUACCGAUGUACCAUCUCUUCUCAGCUAUUACCAAGAUCAUCCAAUUUAGAAAAUCGUUCACGAACGUACGUUGACUUUGAUAGCAAUUAUCAACCUAUCAAAAUUCAGGAAGAAAGUACCGUACGAAUUCGUGGAAGAUUACCGAAGGAAGAACGGUGCUUCGAAUGCGGAAUCUAUCAAAAGAAAUGUUCGCGCGAUCGCAAAGCGAGUUACGCUAAGAAAAAGUCGUUCGAGUGCUCGAUUUGCAAAAAGAACUUCUUGAGACGCAGUGGUCUUCGAGCUCAUUCUAUCGUCCAUACUGCUGAUUCUCCCUACAAGUGUGAUAUCUGUCCAGCGAAAUUUAAAAGAUCUUCCGUUUUGAAGACCCACAAAUUAACUCAUACAAAUGUUAGAAGAUUCGAGUGUGAUAUUUGUAAGCAUCGUUUUCAUUUGAAAGGUGCUUUGAAACAUCACAUACUUGCUCAUUACGGUGUAAGACCAUAUAAGUGUAAAGAUUGUGGCAAACGUUAUAGAAGAUCCUGGGGACUAAAGGUUCACAUGUAUCGACACACAGGAGUGAAGCGCUUCGAGUGCGAUCUCUGCAAGGCUCGUUUUAGUAUCAAAACAAAACUGGCGAAGCACAUAUAUCAACAUACGGGAGAAAAACCAUACAAGUGCGAGCAUUGUUCACGUCAAUACGAUGAAAAAUAUCUUCUUAAGAGUCAUAAAUGUCCAAUGAACUUGGAUACUCUUUCGAAAUGUAAAAUCGAUGCCUCCUGAUCGAACUAAUGACAAGAUCUUGCUUGUUUUAUAACAAUUAUAUUAUUAAUUUAGAUAUCUAACUUGAUUAAGGAGCCUGA